AUGCGCGACACGGUUAACCAAAAAUUGCCUUGCAUCAUCUUGACCAUGGAUAUUGAUCCGUACAAAGUGCUCCAAGUGGAGGUUUCCGCUUCGCCUUUGGAAAUCAAAAGAGCAUAUAAAAAGCUCAGUCUACAGUACCAUCCAGAUAAAAUCCAGCAACUCAAGUCAGAAGUGGCCAAGGAUCGUUUCCCUCAGAUCCAAUUCGCCUAUAGCAUUUUAUCCGACCCACAGAAAAGACACCGCUAUGAUACAACAGGACUGGUGGAUGGUGUGAGCGAAGAAGCGUUUGACUGGAAACAGUACUUUGACGAAACCACCGAGAAAAUCACUCUUGACAUGAUUGUUGAGGACAGGGCCAAGUACCAAGGUUCCGAGGAAGAAAGGGAAGACAUCUUGCACAACUUUGUCUAUUACGAAGGCGACUUUCUACGCCUUUUCGAGGUGAUUCCGCAUUUGGAAUUCGACGAGGUGCUGGAAAGCCGGGUCUUUGAUUUGGUGGAAGAGGCUCUUGACAAGGGCGAUAUCACGGUGGAUAAAGCUGUUACCAAGUCGUGGGAUAAGUACAAGCGGUCCCGGAAAACGAAAGUCAAACAGAUGCUUAAUAAGUUGGCCAAGGAGGCUAAACAGGCGGAAAAGGCGCUCAAAAGCAUGAAACAGAAGAAAAUCAACGGCGAAGGCGAUUUGAAAGCGCUCAUCCAAAAGAGACAAUCGGAGAGAAUGGACGAUUUGGUGUCAAAGUUGGAGGCCAAGUACACCAAGGGAAAGAAGAGAUCUUUGCCCGAUGACGAAGAGUUUGCACGCAUCCAGGAGAAAAUGAGACGCAACCGGUGA